AUGCCGGAGGACUUCAAGCCCUUGAAGUGGUCCAAGUUACUUAUGGAGGCGACCGACAAGAUCCAACGACCGAUCACUGUUGCCGCGACCUUCAAGCAGCUGGUUGAGGACGCGGGAUUUGUCGAUGUUGUGGAGAAAAGAGAGAAGUGGCCCUUCAACCCUUGGCCAAAGGAUGAGAAACUGAAGGACUUGGGCUCAUGGAGUCAAGCUUCUACCAUGAUGGGUGUCGAGGCCAUCUCAAUGGCUGUUUUCACUCGCGUUCUCGAUUGGAGCCCAGAAGAAACGAGUGUCUUCUGCGCGGAAGUGAGAAACGAACACAAGAAGAUUGGCGUUCAUGCAUACUACGACGUAUACUCUGUCUGGGGCCGGAAACCUGAAGCCAAGGAAGAGGAGAAUCAGCCCAGUACUUCUUGA